GAGACACACACACACACAGUCUCACUCUCACCAUCUCCCUCCCCUUUCUCUCUCUCCCCCUCUCACACACACACACACCUUACAGCAGCAGCAAAGCAGCUGGGGCAAUCCAGCGGAUUAUAGAAAAGGGAGAGAGGGAAAGAGAGGACAGAGCUGUCGGCGGCGGGGAAAGGAGAGACGAGACGAGGAGAGACGAGGAGAGGCGAGACGAGACGAGAGCGCUGUGUAGCGGGCUCUAAGGCCGGCCUGUGUCGGUGUGUGUGUGUGUGUGGGAGAGACGCACACAGAACCGUGGAGACUCGACCAAAGACUGGGAUUUCUCCCCACACCCACCCACCCACCUCCCUGUAUCUGUGUACACACACACACACAUAUACACACACACACACACGGCGAGCGAGGGGGAGAAAGGCUGGCGGACGUUACCGGCUUUAUAGAAAACGCCAGGAGGGAAAAGAUAAAGGAGCAACGAAGAAAUCCCGGCGGCUGAUUCUCUCUGUCUCUCUCGUCCUUGGUUAUGCGAGCGGCCGGGACACGGACACGGAAACGGAGUGGCUGGAGCCGGGGAACACAGACGAUACCUGCGGUGGUGAAGUUGGGGUCACUUGGACUGGAGCCAUGAGUUACGAACAGACGAGAUGACUGCCCGGAUCCCAACCCGAACCCUCUCUCCAUCACCCCCCCUAAUCUCCCAAUGAGGAAAAUGGCUUGCGGUCUAAACCAGUUUUACUCAUAAUGUUGAUGCGAAGACAGAAACAUUAAACGGCUCAAGGGAGUGCACAUGGAGGCUUGAAGACCGCUUCUUCCCAACCUGCAAGCUUCCAAUGGUGGACUGGUUCAUGGCGGGACGGGACUCAAGGACUAGACACAAGACAAUGGGCUUCCUCCGGUGGGCAGCGUGGCUCUGCUGGAUAAUGGUUCUCAACACAAGCCCUGCAGAAGGUCUGAGUCGGGCAGCCCUGCCGUUUGGUCUGAUGCGGAGGGAGCUAGCGUGUGAAGGCUACCCCAUCGAGCUGCGCUGUCCCGGCAGCGACGUCAUCAUGAUCGAGAGCGCCAAUUACGGACGGACCGACAACAAGAUCUGCGACGCGGACCUCUUCCAGAUGGAGAACGUCGAGUGUUUCCUUCCCGAAACCUUCAAGAUCAUGUCACAAAGGUGCAACAAUCGUACGCAGUGUGUGGUGGUGGCUGGAUCGGACGUGUUCCCCGACCCUUGCCCUGGGACCUACAAGUACCUGGAGAUCCAGUAUGAAUGCGUCCCCUACAUCUUCGUUUGCCCGGGGACCCUGCGCAAGGUGUUCGAGCCCACCAACGUGUUUGAGUCGGAGCAUGAGGCGGGCGCCUGGUGCAAGGACCCGCUGCAGGCCGGAGACCGCAUCUACUACAUGCCCUGGAUCCCGUAUCGCACGGACACGCUGACCGAGUACGGCUCGUGGGACGACUACACGGCCGGGCGGCCAACCACCUCCUACCGCCUGCCGCACCGCGUGGACGGGACCGGGUUUGUCGUCUACGACGGCGCUGUCUUCUACAACAAGGAGCGCACGCGCAACGUGGUCAAGUUCGACCUGCGCACACGCAUCAAGAGCGGGGAGGCCAUCAUCGGCGGCGCCAACUACCACGACACCUCGCCCUACCGCUGGGGCGGCAAGACCGACAUCGACCUGGCCGUCGAUGAGAACGGCCUGUGGGCUAUCUACGCUACGGAGCAGAACAACGGCAAGCUGGUGGUCAGCCAGCUCAACCCUUACACCCUGAGAUUCGAGGGCACCUGGGAGACGGUUUACGACAAGCGCUCGGCCUCCAACGCCUUCAUGGUGUGCGGCGUUCUCUACGCCGUGCGCUCCGUCUCCAAGGAGGACGAUAGCGAGGUCAUCGGCAACGCCAUCGACUUUGCCUUCAACACCAACCUCAACCGCGAGGAGCCCGUCUCCAUCGCCUUCCCCAACCCCUACCAGUACGUCUCGUCCGUGGACUACAACCCCCGCGACAACCAGCUGUACGUCUGGAACAACCACUUUGUGCUGAGGUACUCGCUCGAGUUCGGACCCCCCGACCCAACCGCAGCACAAGCCACGAUGGCUUCCACCAGCAGCACGGGGGCAGCCAGGCCAACCACAGUGACCACCACAACCACCACCAGGAAAGCUCCGCUCACCACCAUCGCCGUGGGUGCCAUUAACCAGCUGAUCCCGGAGCAACACCCCAUCACUCCCAUCCUCCCCUUCACCAGCCACACCCCCCUCUCCAACCAGUUGCCUUCCCCCCAGAGAUACUGUGACCCCACUGAGACCAGGGGCAUCAAGUGGCCCUCAACGCAGCAGGGGGUUCUGGUGGAGCGGCCGUGCCCUAAGGGGACCAAAGGUAUAGCCUCCUACCUUUGCCUGGUCUCCCUCGGUCUGUGGAGCCCAAGAGGACCUGACUUCAGCAAUUGUACCUCACCCUGGGUGAACCAAGUGGCACAGAAGAUUAAAAGCGGGGAGAAUGCAGCUAACAUCGCCAAUGAGCUCUCCAGACACACUAGAGGCCCAAUCUACGCGGGUGAUGUCAGCUCAUCAGUCAAGUUGAUGGAGCAGCUUCUGGAUAUUCUGGACGCCCAGCUCCAAGCGUUGAGGCCCAGCGAGAAGGAGUCGGCAGGCCGCAGUUACAACAAGAUUCAAAAACGGGAGAGGACCUGCAGAGCAUACAUAGAGGCUGUUGUACAGACUGUGGAUAACCUCCUGAGACCUGAAGCUCUGGAAUCGUGGAAGGAUAUGAACACUACGGAGCAGGUGCACACGGCAACCAUGUUGUUGGACAUCCUUGAAGAAGGAGCGUUCCUGUUGGCGGACAACCUGAAGGAGCCGGCAAGAGUCAACGCCACCACGCAGAAUGUUGUCUUGGAAGUGUCCGUGCUCAACACUGAAGGGCAGGUGAAGGAGGUGACGUUUCCACACAGUUACCUGACCGAGAGUUUUAUCCACAUCUCACCCAACACCAUCAAGCAGAACAGUCGGAAUGGUGUUGUCAAGGUGGUUUUAAUUCUCUACAACAACCUUGGGCAGUUUCUAUCGACAGAGAACGCCACAGUGAGGAUGGGGUCCGACAUCGGCAGCCAGGGCAACUCCAUUGUCGUCAACUCUCAGAUCAUCGCCGCCUCCAUCAACAAGGAAUCCAGCCGGGUCUUCCUGACCGAGCCCGUAAUCUUCACGCUGCAGCACCUUGAUUCAGAAAACCAUUUCAAUGCCAACUGCUCGUUCUGGAACUAUUCUGAGCGUUCCAUGAUGGGAUUCUGGUCAACACAAGGCUGUCGACUGAUAGAAAGUAACAAGACCCACACCGCCUGUGCCUGCAGUCACCUCACCAACUUUGCCGUGCUCAUGGCCCACCGGGAGAUUUUGUACGAAGACCGAAUGCAUAGACUGCUCCUCUCCGUGAUCACCUGGGUUGGUAUCGUCAUCUCGCUGGUCUGCCUCACCAUCUGCAUCUCCACCUUCUGCUUCCUACGUGGUAUCCAGACUGAUCGCAACACCAUCCACAAGAACCUCUGCAUCAACCUCUUCAUAGCUGAGCUAAUCUUUCUGAUUGGCAUCAACAAGACCCAAUACCAGGUUGUCUGCCCAAUCAUCGCUGGCUUCCUCCACUUCUUCUUCCUGGCUGCCUUCUCUUGGAUGUGUCUAGAAGGCGUCCACCUCUACCUCAUGCUGGUCGAGGUCUUUGAGAGCGAUUACUCCAGGAAGAAGUACUACUAUCUCUGCGGCUACUGCUUCCCUGCUUUGGUAGUGGGAAUCUCUGCUGCAAUCGAUUACCGGAGCUAUGGAACCGACAAGGCAUGCUGGCUACGGGUGGACAACUAUUUCAUCUGGAGUUUCAUCGGACCAGUAUCCUUUGUUAUUAUGAUGAACCUGGUCUUCCUGAUGAUCACCCUGCACAAGAUGGUGAGGAGCAACAGCUCAUUGAAACCGGACUCCAGUCGGCUGGAGAACAUCAAGUCCUGGGCUCUGGGUGCAAUCGCACUGCUCUUCCUGCUGGGUCUCACCUGGGCAUUCGGCCUGAUGUUCAUUAACGAAGAGUCCAUGGUGAUGGCUUACCUCUUCACCACCUUCAAUGCCUUCCAGGGAAUGUUCAUCUUCAUUUUUCACUGUGCUCUGCAGAAGAAAGUGCACAAGGAGUACAGCAAGUGCUUGCGGCACGCUCACUGCUGCAGCCGCCCUGGUUCCGGCGUUUCCCACGGCAACCUGAAGACUUCCACCAUCCGGAACAGCAGUCGGUACUACACUGGUACUCAGGUACAGAAUGCUGCCGCAAACAGGAGGAUAGCUGAAAAGAGUCGGAUCCGGAGAAUGUGGAACGACACUGUUCGGAAACAGUCGGAAUCUUCCUUCAUGACCGGGGAUCUCAACAGCACCCCCACCCUCAACCGAGGGACCAUGGGCAAUCAUCUACUGACCAACCCUGUUCUGCAGCCACGUUCUGGGGCCAGCCCGUACAACACACUGCUGGCCGAAUCUGUUGGCUACAACGCUCCUUCUCCCACUGUCUUCAGCUCACCAGGAACCUACAGAGAGACAAAGCACCCGGUCAACCUGACGAGGGACCCCUGUGCAGUGGACACUCUGCCCCUUAACGGCAACUUCAACAACAGCUACUCCUUCCGAAACGCCGACUUCGUGACGGACGGGACCCCGCUUGCCGAUUGCCGCCGCAACCUCAGCGACGCCGCCUUCGAGAAGAUGAUCAUCUCCGAGCUGGUCCACAACAACCUGCGGCCAGGCAGCAAGACCUUGCCCGGGGAGCCGGGAGCGCCGGCCAGCAGCGGCGGCGGCGCGACCAGCAGCGAAGACGAUGCCAUCGUUCCCGACGCUCCCUCGCUCACCCAGGAGGACAACAUCGACAUCGAACUGAUGUACAAGGCGCUGGAGGAACCUCUGCUCCUGCAACGCGCCCAGUCCCUGCUCUACCACAGUGACCCGGAGCUUGAGGAAUCGGAGAGCUACACGGCCGAAAUCACCGAUGGCCUCGACGGCCAGCUCCAGUCCCCAAACAGAGACUCCUUGUACACCAGCAUGACCAACCUCAGAGACUCCUCUUACCCCGACAGCAGCCCGGAGGUGAUGGGCGAGACCGUACCCCACUCCCAAGGCAACGACGAGGUGUACUACAGCUCCAGGCCAAACCUGGUCUUCAGGAGCCAGCUACAAGCCUACUACCAGUCCAGGAGAGGCAGCAACGACGGGUACAUGGUGUCGGUGGAUGUGGACGGCUCGAUGCCUGAGACCGACGGACAGAUGCAACUGAGGCUGGGACCGCAGCUUCGACAGCCCAACCACGAAGGGACAUUCGCCGCUCAGCAGCCGCCCUGGAUGUCUCUCCGCCUGCACGACACCGUCGGAAACGCCACAGCGCCGCUGGGUCUAUCGUCCCCACUCCGCUCGGCCACCCAGGAGAGGAGGGUGGGCAGAACGAGAAGGAACCUCGUAGGGUUGCAAGGAUAAUGGUCUCCACUCGACCUGGCAGCAGCACGGCUUGUCCUGCACCUCCCCCCC